AUGGAGGCCUUUUCAAACAACACAAUAUCAGGUAUUAGAGCUCCACUUACCGUUGAUGAGUCUGAUUUUGAAUAUUCCCCAGUUUCAUCGAAGAGCCGUAGAAAUAGCAUGGCCAGUAGCUAUUACAGUAAUAGUGAGCUUGAUGAGUGCGAGGGUUUUGCAAAUGAGGACAAUCUUGAAAAAACUCACCCUUUUCAUGAACUUGAUUUCUAUAAGCCUUAUGCUGUAAACCCAGGUGAAAAUGGUUUUCCUAGGCCUUUUAUGAGGAACCCAGGUGAGGAAUCUACUCGAGAAAGUAGUCAAGUUGAUAAAAAUUCAGUUUUUAGUGCUUCUGUUGCUGUUGGGAACCCGAAUGAAAGAAUUUACAGGGUUAUUAGUAUUGUUAAUGACUCUGAUGAUGAUUCUAAUUCUAAAUCAUUCUUGAGCGAAUCGGGUGAUGAAUUAGUUGAAAAUGAGAAUUAUGGCUUGAGUGAUAGCAGCUCCAGACCCGUUGUGGAGCAGAAGUUGCAUAUUCCAAUUGCCAAGUUAUCAAGAGACAGUGAUGAUGAUUCGCAGGGCAGUGGGGCCUUUGAAGAUGACGGUUUUUUGGGUGUUGUAAAGGUCCCGAGUUUUGAUGUUCUGAGUAGACUUAAUAGUGCCCCUAAAGUUAGAAUGUCGGAGGAUGAUGACGUGGAUGAAUGCGAGUGGCAAGCUGAAAAUAUGGUAGAAAUGGAGUUUGUUAAGGAUUUGGUGAUAAGUAAUGAUGUUUUGGGCCCUGAAGAUGAAAAAGAGCAUACCGAUGUGGAAGAUGUAAAAAACUGUGUUAUAUCGUAUGAGACGGUCCAAGAUGGAGGCCAUGAUGUUAAUGGAGAAGAUAAAGCUAAUUCUUUGGCUGUGAAUAUACCAGAAUCAGAGGAAAAUAGUGGUCUCGUGCAUUUAGAUGGGGAAAUUCCAGAAGUUGGUGUGGCUGAUGAUGGGAAAACGUGCAUUUUGGAGGAAAAUCCUUUUUCCAAUAACUGCGUUGAAUGUGAGAAACUGGAAACUGAGAGAAAACCAAAUGUUGAGGUCACAGUUGAUUCCUUUAGCUCGAUUGGUGCCAGCAAAAACCAAUCUCUUAAUCAGUGUGUUGAUGUAAUCAGGAAUGUGCAUGAAUUUCUUGUUACGCCUGAGUCCUUCACAGAAAACGUGCAGGCUAGUAUUUCUGAUGGGCAUUUAGGAGAUGAUGAUAGCUCGACUGAAGGUGAUGACAGUCAAUCUGAACUCGAUGUCACCAUAAUGGACCAGGAAUUGGAGAAAGAAGCUGACAUGGAAAGUGGUAUUGAUACAUUCUCUUCUGAAGAGAUUUUGUUAGAUCAUUCACAAGAGGUUGUUUGCCAGAUUUCUACAGACUCGGAUGAUAGUGCUGCUUUGAAGCCGCAAUCUGUUGAUGGUACAAAAAACUAUUUUGCAGAAAGCGCCUCAUGUAAUUUGUGUUCCAAUUCAGUUUCUUCAAGACCCAAUAUUGAAGCAAGAAAUUGUGAUCUUUUGGUGCUGCCCUCGACUUAUAGUGAACAAGAUGGAAGUUUUAGUGUAGGAGAGAGAAAGAAGAAGCCCGAGAAAAUACAACAGGCACGAGUAAAAUACUUGCAACUCGUCCACGGUUUUGGUCGUUCUCCGGAUGAUUCUUUGGCUUCAAACGUUUUGAGACAGCUGUCGAUUGCCGAGGCAAAAUACUCAACUCUGGAAGUUUUUCCCGAUCCUUCUAGAAACGAGGCUGUGGAGAUUCAAGCACGAGAAAAUGGCAAUAUGGACUUUUCACUCUGCAUCCUAGUGAUUGGGAAAACUGGAGUCGGUAAGAGUGCGACUGUGAAUUCAAUCUUCGGUCAAAGUAAGACGAUGGUCAAUGCAUUUGAGCCGUCCACGAGUCGUGUGAUUGAAAUUAACGGUGAGAUUAAUGGUGUCAAAGUCAAGAUUUUCGACACCCCAGGUCUCGGAAUCUCUUCUAUCGACCAAUCUUCCAAUUGGAAAAUUUUGUUGUCGAUUAAGAAAAUAAUGCAAAAAUUUUCACCAGAUGUUAUCUUAUAUGUCGACCGUUUGGACACGCAAUUUAGUUACGUCAAUGAUUUGCCCUUACUAAAAUCAGUUACUUUGUGCCUGGGCCUUUCAGUAUGGCAAAAGUCCGUUCUUGUUUUCACACAUUCAGAUUUAUUGCCUCCAGAUGGGUAUCCCUUAAGCUACAAUGAAUUUGUUGCUGAUCAAUCCCGGGCAUUUCAACAGCUAAUCAGCCUAUCAGCUGUUGAGAUUAAUAGUGAUGAGAUGAUUCCAACAAGCUUAGUCGAGAACAACCCAUUUUCUGAAAAUAGUGUUAAUGGUGGUGAAACUUGGAGAUCAAGGCUGCUAUUUUUAUGUUGCUCGAUGAAGGUUUUAUCGGAACUGAAUUCUGUAGUUAAGAUUCAUAAUACGUUUGACUGUACGAAGUUGCUUUUUGGAUACGAUUUUUUAGAAUCCUUCAGCCAGAUUCUUACAAGGCCAGUUUUUGAGUUGUCCGAUGAUUGCAUUUAUGAUAAUCUCGACAAUGAAAGCCAUUUGCCAGCUGUAACAUUGGUUCGGAUUGCUAAGGAUAAAAAGGAAUUCAACAUCCAGUUACGUUCGUUAGUCUGGAAAAAGGGAUCUGCCUUUGCAAGAUUAGAUGGUCAAACUUUUGGCAAGAACGAGAGAUUUUCUAACACAGGCAAGGGCCGUCUGGACAGGAAGCUGAGUGGAAAGAUUUCUGUAAAGACAAGCUAUUCAGGUCAGCUUCAGAUUUUGGGUUUGGUUUUCUUUCCUCUUGCUAAAGCCUUGUUUGACAAGAUUUUCAGGCAACCGGCCCAUGAUUAG